AAGAACUUCCGGUGGCUAACAUGCUAAUUUUCCUCGUAAGAUCCACUCGGAGUGAAGCAGCAGAGCCUGAAUGUGCGGAUAAACUUGUUUAAGUGGACUUUUGUGGGAGCAGGAAGUAGCCGGAGCUCAGUGUUUUAUCAGAGUGAGCUGCGUGUCUGUAACGGAGUGUGUCUGGAGGAAAAGCUGCUGUAAACAUGUCUAAAGUCCAAACGCUGAGAGCUUUUGUCCAGCAGCGACUAAGUGCGGCUGCUGAAGAGAUAUUUGAGCUGUUUGAAAGAACGAUAGCAGAGUACGAGGAGGAACUUUGUGGACAACGCAAACUACUGGACGCUGUUUUCAAGCCUGAAGUCCGGUUACACAGAGCAGACGUCCAGCUGCUGUUGGUGAGUAAAGAAGAGGUUCCCCCUGAGCAGCAGGAGUGGAGCCCCGGUCUGGACCAGGAGGACCCACCAGAGCCCCUUAUUGAGGACUGUUGGAACUCCAGUCUGGACCAGGAGGACCCACCAGAUCCCCCACACAUUAAAGAGGAACAGGAGGAACUCUGGACCAGUCAGGAGGGAGAGCAGCUUCAAGGACUGGAGGAGGCUGAUAUCACCAAGUUCACAUUCACUCCUGUCCCUGUGAAAAGUGAAGAAGAUGAUGAAGAAGAGAAACCUCAGUCCUCACAGCUUCAUCAAAGAGAGAUGGAAACAGAAGCUGAUAGAGAGGACUGUGGAGGACCAGAACCAGCCAGGAACUCGGAUCCAUAUAGACAUUUACAACCAGCUGCUGGGGACAAGGCCUCAGACUCUGAACCUGAGACUGAUGACAGUUGGGAUUGGGAGGAGACCAGGGAACCUCAGUCAGGUUCAAACCUUCUGAAAAACAAUGAAGCACCUGUACGUGACGUGCAAUGUAAUACUGGAAAAACAUCAAGAAGCUCCUCUGAAUGUGCUACAAGCUUUGGUCACAAUGGACUCCAAACAGGAGAGAAACAAUUUAAAUGUUCAGUCUGUAACAAAAAUUACAGGAGCAGAUGUGCUUUAUCCAUACACAUGAGAAUCCACACAGGAGAGAAACCCUUCAGUUGUUCGGUCUGUGGUAGAAGAUUUAUGCACAGCUCACAUUUGACCACACACUUAAGAGUUCAUACAGGGGAGAAACCCUUCAGUUGUUCUGUUUGUGGUAAAAGAGUUGCACGAAAGGAACAUCUGACACUACACAUGAGAGUCCACACAGGAGAGAAACCCUUCAGCUGUUCUGUCUGUGGUAGAAGAUUUGCACAAAGCUCUAAUGUGGUCUCACACUUAAGAGUUCAUACAGGAGAAAAACCUUUUUCAUGCUCUGUUUGUAAAGCAAGUUUCAGUUACAAAGGCGCACUGUCCGCACACAUGAAAAUCCACACGGGAGCAACCCUUUAGUUACGAGCAGAGGAAGUAAAUGAAGAUGCAGAGAUGCUUGUUGAGCCGAUUCCUUCCAGCAGGAUUAUAGUACUGAGGGCAAAACGUGGAUCAACACCGAUCAGUUCAGAACUGUGACACAGACUCCAAAAUAAGUUGAGCUUCAUCUAAGAUGAAGCCACGUGAUCAUUUUAAUUAAUGUUUUAUUUGUGUCACAUUAUUUGAUCAUUUUCCAGGUGAUUUUUGGUACUACAUGUAUUCAUUGAUUUUAAAUAGAUUAAAUUGGUCUAAAAGUAUUUAUGCACCUGUGAAGCAAUAUGGUUAAAGUGUUGUUUUAAAAUGUGAAUUAUAAAUGACUUGACUUACAUCCCAACAACACAGUUUAUUUCUAAUUGAACAAUGCACAAUAUAUGUACUGUACCAGAUUUAGCUAAAACCUAAUUCCCAUCUGCAGUCCCUGGGCAGGUGCCAAUAGCGUGCAAAACAUUACAAUAAAAAAAAGACAAGGGAGAAAAAAAGAUCAAGCAUUCCCAAAUCCAAACCUUAUAUUUCACAAAUAUAUAGAAAAAUGCCAACCUAUUCAAAUAAGCCAAUUCUAACAAACUAAAAACAUACUCAAAUAUACCAAACCUCCCAUAAUAAACACAACAUCAACAAUCCAAAUCCAAAAAUAAACAAAUUAAUCAAGUCAUUAAGAGAAUUUUAACAUACACACAGUAAAAAACAUUA